UGGUCACCCAGUCCGGCUCAUUUCAAAAUUUUAUACGCGUUAAGUGGAGAAGGUCGGUCGGAUCGUGAGCCACGCUGCCGCCCCUAGAUAGAAUGGCCACACCUAUGAAUUUUAAUAGAACAGGGCUGAAGCAUUCAAUCCCUAACCAAACGUCGCUCUUCCCAAACACCCUACCCCUAUGAUCUCUCUCCCUUCCACCCCAUGCCCCUCACCAGCUGAGAAACAGGAGUGGAAAGGGAUUCUCUUCUCGUUGAUCUUCAAAUAUGGGCUCCAAGUGGGAGUAUUAAUGGCAGUUCCGCAGUUGGUCAUUGAUUCGCAACAAAGGUGAUGGAGACUGGAGAUGCGUCGAUCAUGGUUCAAUGAAAAAGGAUCACAAUUUUGCAGCGAGUAAAAACAAGGCCGCCGUGAAUGGGAAGUUCAGGCAACAAGAGGAAAACAAUAAAUAAUCACAACUUCCCACUGGAUCUGAUUGGAGGUGGUAUUGGAUUUGUUGAUGGCGUCCUAAAUUACCUACUCACCCUGCUCGUGCUUCAUGGACGUAUCAACCAACAAAUUCCUGGAGGUACAAGAUCAGAAUGAAUCACGUUAAAGCAAAUUUGAGUCAAGUCGUUGAUCUAGAAACAAAGGAGACUCUGUCAAAGGUCAAGCUAACGCGGAGAAAUUGAAAGCAAAAGCAAAGCAUUGCUGCAUCCACCUUCAAAUUCUAAACACAAAGUGCAUAUUCCAUUGUGGCGAACUAGUUUUACGGACUGCAAUGGCAUCAACAUCCAACCAGCUUCACUUCGUUUUGGUCCCGUUACUGGCACAAGGCCACAUGAUCCCCAUGAUAGACAUGGCAAGGCUAUUGGCUGAGCGGGAUGUUGUGGUAAGCUUGAUCACCACCCCUUUUAAUGCCUCCAGAUUCGAGAACACCAUCCACCGAGCCGCUGAUGCCGGGCUUCCCAUUCGGCUAGUUCCAAUCCCAUUUCCGUGCCGAGAGGUUGGACUCCCCCCGGAGUGUGAGAAUCUUGACAUCGUACCUUCAAGGGACCUUAUCAGGAAAUUCUAUAGUGCUAUGGAUAAGCUACAGCAACCAUUGGAACACUACUUGCAACAACAGAAGCCCCCUCCCAGCUGCAUAAUUUCGGAUAAAUGCCUUUCUUGGACAUCUGGCACAGCUCGAAAGUUUGGGAUACCGAGGCUUGUUUUCCAUGGGAUGUGCUGCUUCUCGCUUUUAAGCUCCCAUAAUAUUUGGCUUCACAAUGCCCACCGUUCUGUGCUUUCGGAUUCCCAGCCAUUUGUGGUGCCCGGGAUGCCUCAGAAGAUUGAGAUAAAAAAAGCCCAGCUGCCAGGAGCUUUUGUUACCUUGCCAGACCUGGACGAUAUUCGGAACCAGAUGCGGGAAGCUGAAUCAACAGCAUAUGGAGUGGUGGUGAAUACUUUCAACGAGCUGGAGCACGGCUGCGUGGAGGAGUAUGAAAAGGCUAUAAAGAAAAAGGUUUGGAGCAUAGGACCGGUUUCUCUAAGUAACAAGCAUAAUUUGGACAAGUUUGAGAGAGGAAACAAAGCUUCAAUAGAUGAGAAGCAGUGCUUGGGAUGGCUAGAUUCAAUGAAACCAGGGUCAGUUGUUUAUGCCUGCCUUGGUAGCCAAUGUCGUUUGGUUCCAGCGCAGUUGAUAGAACUUGGUCUGGGUUUAGAAGCAUCAAAACAGCCGUUUAUUUGGGUAAUCAAGACAGGAGAAAGAUUUUCAGAGCUAGAGGAUUGGCUAGUGGAAGAGAGGUUUGAAGAUAGAAUCAAAGGGAGAGGACUUGUGAUCAAGGGUUGGGCCCCUCAAGUUUUGAUUCUGUCCCAUCCAGCCAUUGGAGGGUUCUUAACCCAUUGUGGUUGGAACUCGACAGUAGAAGGGGUGUGCUCUGGGGUGCCAAUGAUAACGUGGCCGUUAUUUGCUGAGCAGUUCUUGAACGAGAAACUUAUUAUCGAAGUUUUGAGGAUUGGAGUUAGCUUGGGCGUUGAGGUCCCCGUUAGAUGGGGAGAUGAAGAGAGAGUUGGGGUUUUGGUGAAGAAAUGUGAAGUGGAGAAGGCUGUAGAGACAUUGAUGGAUGGAGGAGAAGAAGGUGAAAUGCGGAAAAAGAGGGCAAGAGAACUUUCAACGUCAGCAAGAAGAGCCAUGGAAGACGGAGGAUCUUCUCACGUUAACAUGUCAAUUUUGAUCCAGGAUAUCACGAAGCUACAAUCCACUCAGGAGAACAGCUAAAACCCUUGCAGGAGAAGCUCUCUAACUUGCAUGAAAGCCACUUCCCUUUCAAAUAAAAUUGCAAGUGCAAAGCCCUAUGGUAUCAAUGGGUUCAACUUCAGACGAUGUGGAAGAGAACACGAGGAGUGGAAGUCAGAUUUACCAGAAAGGUGAAGGCGCGUAUGAAAGAGAAGAAAGAAAUUCCUACUCCUUUUUUUUUUUUUUUGUGUGUGUUUUAUAAUGUUUUUUGAAGUGACUAAUAAAUCACGCAGCUCACACCGGGCAUAAGUAUAAAGCCAUGAUCCCACACCCCAGCUGCCAAAGCUUCAACAAACUUGUAACUGAAAGUGAUGUAAACUCUUUUAGAGGACAAAAAAAAAGAAUGUAAUUGUACUUUUGGUGCAUGAUUUACC